AUGGAAGAAUCCCAGUUAGAAAGGAACCCGAAAAAGGGUCUCUUGGCUUUGGUAUUAAAGCCAAUACAAUGGUUCAAAAUGCUUGGUGAAGAGUUGCAUUGGAGUUUUGUGUUGGGAGUUAUGAUUGUUUAUGGGAUCAGUCAGGGAUUUGCUGUUGGCAUGAGUAAAGUUAGUACCAAGUACUAUAUGAAAGAUGAGCAGAAGGUACAACCAUCUGAACUGCAGGUGUAUUUUGGGCUGCUUCAACUUCCUUGGGUAAUCAAGCCUUUAUGGGGUCUCAUCACUGAUACACUUCCUGUUCUUGGGUACAGGAGGCGGCCUUAUUUCUUUUUUGCAGGUUUUCUUAGUGUCACCUCGAUGCUUGUUCUAUCACUCCAAAGAAACUUGAGUCUUGCAUUUGCCCUAUUGUCUCUAACGGGGACAAGUGCUGGGAUGGCAAUAGCAGAUGUAGCCAUUGAUGCCUGCGUAACACAAAACAGCAUAAGUCAUCCUUCUUUAGCUGGUGAUAUGCAAACGUUGUGUGGAGUCAGCUCUUCCAUUGGAGCACUAGUGGGCUAUUCACUCAGUGGCUUUUUGGUUCACCUACUUGGCCCUAAGGGUGUGUUUGGGCUUCUCAGUGUGCCAGCAAGCUUGGUUAUUUUGGUUGGAAUGAUACUAAGAGAAUCCCGUGUUCAUAAAUUUUCCCAGAGAGGAGUAAAUGAGAAAUUUCUGGAUGCUGGUAAGGCCAUGUGGACAGCACUGAAAUUCCGGGAUGUAUGGAGGCCGUGUCUAUACAUGUACUUGUCACUUGCAGUGAGCUUGAACAUUCAUGAAGGGAUGUUCUAUUGGUAUGCAGAUGCGAAGGGAGGUCCAUCUUUCUCGCAGGAGGUUGUUGGGUCCAUAUUCUCUGUGGGUGCAGUUGGCUCCCUUUCUGGAGUACUUAUCUACCAAAAUUUGUUAAAAGACCAUCCUUUUCGUGACUUACUUUUCUGGUCUCAGUUGUUGUAUGGUGCAUCAGGAUUGCUAGAUUUGAUAUUGGUUCUGCGUCUGAACUUGAAACUUGGUUUGCCUGAUUAUUUUUUUGUUGUAAUUGAUGAAGCCAUUUCUAUGAUGAUUGGACGCAUCAAAUGGCAGCCUCUUCUUGUACUUAGUUCCAAGCUUUGCCCGGCUGGUAUAGAGGGCACUUUCUUUGCUCUGCUUAUGUCAAUAGACCAUGUCGGUUUGCUUUCAUCAACUUGGGUAGGAGGUCUCUUACUCAAAUUCUUGAAGGUUACACGGACAAAAUUUGACAAUCUUUGGAUAGCCAUUUUGAUCCGGAGCCUCAUGAGAAUAGUUCCAGUUUUCCUGCUGUUUCUGAUACCUAGAAGUGAUCCGAACUUAUCCAUCCUCCCAGCAGAGAUGUUGAAGACAAAAAAAGGUGAUGGUACACUCGAAUCUGAAAACACCGAGAUGGUCUCCCUCGUCGAUAGCACUUGA